AUGUGGAGCCUGCGUGCGGUGGUCGCCCUUUGCGUGGUGUGCAGCGCGUUGGGAGCUGCACUGAACGACAACAUCGACAUUGACAUCAAGGUCGAUUCGGAUUCGAAGCUGUAUCAUCAGGGUAAGACGGUCGAGGGCUCGUUCAACUACGGCUACAAUGUGCCCCGGCGGAACUACAACCAGUACCAGCACAAGGUGAAGGGCCCGGAUGGUGUGACGUACGGAUGUUACGGGUUCGUCGAUCCGACGAACGGGACGCAUCUCUAUCACUAUGUUUCGGACCUGAAGGGAUACCGGGUGGUGCCUCCCAAUCAUCCGACGAAGGUGUUCACCGAGCGGGUGGCCAACAGCGUCGCCAACAUCUACGAUUCCGUCGGUGAAACGUACGACUGGGAAAAGCUCUACUUCCCGGACGUGUGCCGCGUGCUGCAGAAAAGCAAGGAAGAACGCAACGAGCUAUCCAUCCCGAAGGGCUACCAGGUGAAUGAUGACGGUUCCGUGACGCAAACGACACAGAAACCGAAGCCCACCGCACCACCACCAACGGCCCCUCCACUCCCACCCGUCACCCAACGUCCCACGCCACCUGUGACAGCAGCUCCACGACCUACACCAGCCCGUACAGCAGCUCCCACGCGACGUGUGACUCCACAACCGGUCACCCAACGACCAACGGCCGCAAGGACUGCUCCUCCGACACCUCAAGCUACUCGUCCUGCACCAACACCUAAGGCUACUCCACGCCAGACACCAGCUACUCCGCGAGCAACGAACCCUCCACGACCCACACCGGCAGCCACACGUCCUGCCGCACCAACAAGGACCGUGCCGAAGGACACGUUCAAGCCACAAACGCCGGUCUCAAAACCGAGCGGCAACAAAUUUGGACCGAAUCGGGAUAACUUCGUUGGAGCGCCGGCAACGAAUGCGGCCGAAACUCUAAAGCCACCCCAGGAUCUGCAAGCGGUCGGGCAGGACAUCUCGGAGCUGAAGCAGCUGUUGCAGAUGUUGCUGAAGUCGCUCAACAACUCCCCGAAGGCGGGUCCGGAUUGCGAUGAUGGCGGUCUCGGAGCGGUCAAUCCCAACGCCAAGCAGGUGUUCCUGCCGUUGGUCAUCGUGGACGCGUUGCCCGGUGCUAAGGGAGGUUCGAGUGGUGCUGCCGGAGUGCCUCCUGGCAGCCAGUUUGCUAUUCCGUCGGUGGGUUAUGGUGCGUCGCGGUGUAACACCUGCGGUUAG